AUGUUUCUCUCCAAUAGAGCUCCGGCGAAACCGCUUCCCCGCUUCCAGACCAACACGCCGCUAGACUCAACUUUCGACAGGGACAUUCGCGACGUACAUCUCAUCUACGAUUAUAACGCCGAGGAUGAGCAGGGUAAUCCGGAGAAGUGGCGCUACGAAAUGUGGUUCUACUCUGAGGACCGCAUCGUCUACGCCAUCCAUGGCGGCCCCAUGGCUGGUCGUGUAAACUAUCAGGCUGCCACUUACCAGUGCAUCCGCCCCGGCGAGCUAUGGCAGGUUAACUGGCUUGAAGAGACGGGCACCGUCUGUUCACUGGUCUAUGACAUCCCAAACCAGAAGAUUUCAACCCUCAUCUCGUUUUCCCGGGGGCACUGGGAAAACCCGCAGGCGGCGCAUGGUGACAAGAGGAAUCCUGGUGACUUUGCGCGUUGGAGGGUGCUAGCAAGGUUUGGACACCAAAGCGAUAGAUUUAUGCUGUCUGAACAAGCAGACAUCGCGGAGAAGUUCAAGGGCAAGGGUGAUCUAGUGCCAAUUCCCAAAGAUGCGUUGACAUUUUAA